AUGACCCCAAGUUUAAAAGAUUUAGGUAAUCAAUUUUAUACAAAAGGUGAUUAUGAUAAAGCUAUUGAAUUAUAUAAACAAGGUAUUCAAGAGAUAUUAGAUGAUAAUAAUAUAGUAAAUGAAGAUAGUAAUAAUCAAUUAUCAUUAAUAACAAGUAAUUUAUCAAUUUCAUAUUAUCAAUUAAAAAGAUAUCAAGAAUCAUUAGAAUGGGCAUUAAAAUCAAUAGAAUAUAAUCCAAAAUCAGCAAAACCAUAUUUAAGAGCUGGUGAUGCAUAUAUUGAAUUAUCAAAUUAUAAAGAUGCAAAAGAGAAAUAUUUAUUAUGUAUUAAAAAUAUAAAUACAAAUGAUGAAACCGCUAAAAAUUUAUUAAAUCAAGCUUCAAACUCUUUACAAAAUGCAAAGAUGAAACAAUUUUAUCAACCAAUUCUAGAAGGUUCACCAGCAUUAUAUGAUCGUGUUGAAAUUAAAUAUUUAGAUUCCAUUAGAGAGAAAGCAUUAUUUGCAAAAGUACCAAUUCAAAAAGGUGAAAUCAUUUUCUCUGAUUUACCAUUCAUUCAUCAAUUAAGUGUUGAUAGUUUUAAAUUACAUCAUAAUGAUAUUUGUAAUCAUUGUAUUAAAUUCAUUGAUUCAUCAGCAGCAAUAAUAAAAUGUAAUAAUACAAAUGGUUGUAAAUAUCAAUAUUGUAGUGAAAAAUGUAAAUUAGAAUCAUUUAGUUAUCAUAAUCAAUCAUGUAUGAAUAAUUCAGAUUUGGUUUUAUCCUCAAAUCAUCCAAUUUCAAAAUAUAGAGCAAUGGUUGAAAAUGUACCAACUUCAACUCAAUUACUUUUGGUUGAAUCUUUAAUUUCAAUGAUUAGUCAUUUAUUAAAAACAAAACAAGCAAAAAAUUGUAAUUUAGCACUUGGUACUAUCACUCAUUUAAAAAGAGGUCCAUUAAUGGCUCAACAAUCUUCUUUUAAUGGAAAGAAUCUUGAAGAUUUACAAAAACAAUAUCAACCUUUACUUUCACUUUUAGAAGAUGCCUAUGGUUUAAAAUUAAAAGAACAUUUAGAUGAUCAAUUAUUAAAAAAUGAAUUUAAAAAAUAUACUAAUUUUAAAAUUAUAGUAUUUAGUGUUGAUUUUUAUGAUAAUUUAUUAGGUAUGAUUAAUUUUAAUUCAACAUCAACAGUUGUUAAAUCUGGAAAAAAAAUUGAAAUUCAAGUACCAGUUACAACAACAGGUAAGGGAAAGAAAUCUAAUAAUCAAGUAAAAACUACAACUAAAACAAUUGAAAAUUCUUGUUGGGGUGUUGGUUUAUUCCCAAUUUUCUCAUGUAUGAAUCAUUCUUGUUUUCCAAAUGUUGAAAUUUCAAAUGAAAUAAUUGAUGGUGUUACUUCUGUUAGAAUGGUUGUAAAAGCUAAAAAGAAUAUACCUGCUGGUUCUGAAAUACUUCAUUCCUAUUGUGAUGAAACUUUAUCAAAUAAAGAGAGAAAAGAUAUUUUAUUCUCUCAAUAUGGUUUUAAAUGUACAUGUAAUAAAUGUUCAAAAUAA